AACUUAAACUGAUGUUGUGAACAUGUGAAUUCGGUAGAGGGUAAAUGGGGUCUUACUAAGGUAUAACAUACGUUAGGUUAAAACACACCUAACAUCCUCUUAACAUUUAGUGCAUGUGUCUGCAAUUUCAGAAUCAUCGUUAUAUCGCUCCGAAACAUUUAGAAGACUUUGGCGUUGGGUCACAAUAUACGUCGUGAAGCUCUUUAGAUAAUUUUUUUGACAUCCCCUGCCCCACUGUUAAGGACGUUUGCCAAAUAAUAUAACCAUGACACUGAGCCAUAAAUCUGCUUCCACCAUGCACUGAUCUAAUUGUAAACUAAAAAUACAUGCGUGCAACAGCUGUCGCCAUUUUCAAACAAGCAAACAAAUGAACAUGCUUCUGGAAAAUAGUCAGACUCAGACCUAUAUUAGCUAUAGGUUUGUAUUCUUAAAUGAAUAUUUCUUUUACUGGGUAUAAAAUUUAGUCGUAACAUUGAAGUUAACAUUGAAAUUUAGUUUCGUUAUUGUCAAAUAGUCGUUUUACGCGUGUUUUCAGUCCGCGAGGUUUUUUUCGCUCGAAGCGAAGAUAUUUCACACCACCAUGUGAUUGAGAGUUUAAAAAUGCAACAAACAUUCUUCAUGCUAUUUAAAUAGGCUUCGAUUAUUUUGUUUCUUAAAAACUGAUUUCAUUUUGCGUGGUGUGGCGUGUUACACCCCCUUACUUCCUGUUGCACCCUCUUAACCCUCAAACACCCCACGCAUCAAAGCGUCACUACUCACUAAUCUGGGAACCGUCUCAUGCCUUAUAUACCUCAGUGACUUAACCAUUAACAUUUUCUUAAAACGUACGGAUGUAAAAUCCUCCUAAGGCAUACUAAUCUUUAUUUAAUAGCUUCAAUCUGUUCCUAAGGUACAAAAAUUUAAACAUGCGUUAAACAUGCUAGUUGUGAAAAAGUCAUUGGAUUUUUAUCAUCAGAUUUAGUAUUAAUUGUAUAUACAUGCAUGCAAGCAUUUUUUUUGGAACACUUAAUUCAAGUGAAUAUAUAAUAAUAGAUUGACUUUAUGUUAAAACUUAAAACAAACUGUAGUUUCCGUAGCCAGAGCUUAUAUAUUAUUAUGUCACUGAUUCACACUCUGUGAAUGAAUCAUGAGCGUUGUAUGAAUAUUUAUAUUGCAUGAAAUUUCCUCAUAUUUAUGAAUUUUGAAUUAAACAAUGACUAAGUACAAGGUGAAAGGUUUGUGUUUUAAUUCGCUGUUCUUGUCCGUUUAACUGGCAGCAAGAGGCACACGAAAUCACGACACGUUUACAGCUGAAGCGAUGGCUUCAUUUUGCCAAACUUAUGUGCACUUCAGAGUCAAUAAACCGGUACAGAUGUUCAAAUACUCACAGUUCCGACUACAGCUUACGUACACACAGUCGGUCUUUAGUUUAGGUUAAAACAAUGAUACAAUCAUACAAAUAUUGUGAUGCAAAUAGGCAACUUCAAAUGUUCGUAUGAAAUAUAAAACGACAGCAUGCAGUCGGUUAAUCAUUGAAAUAUACUUCUGUCGAGGUAAGCGGAUGCAAGGUGUUUAUUUUCUUGCUGAAAUACAACACUUAACAAGCAAUACACUUCCCAUCGGUACUGCUCGUUCGAGUUGUCGGUCUGUUAUCGGGUUAUUCAAAUAUCGACCAUUAUUAAUAUACUUUUCAGCUUUAAAGACCGCCAAACCGUUGGUAAAAGCGAGGAAUAAAAUCUGACCACUAUAGGAUACUUUAAUUUAGUUCAUAUUUCUGUCCAUAUUAGUUAUUCAAACGACUUCAAAUGCCGUCGAGAUUGAUAAGCGUAGCGUUUGUUAUAUUGACAUGUCUGCAAUCAAUACAAAGCCAUCAAGGCCAUGGUCAUGGAGGUUUCAAAUCUGGUGGCGUCUCUCAUGAUCAUGAACAUGAAACAGACGAACAUAGGGAAUACGAGAAGAAUGUUUUACUUGGCGAAGAAGAAGAAGGAGAUGGAUACGAUGCACUCACGAGAGACGAGAAAAUCGAACGAUUGAUAAAAAUCGCGAAGAAAAUUGAUGUGAACAAAGAUGGCUACCUUACCGAAGAAGAGUUACAAAAAUGGGUUCAGGAAAAUCAUAUGAAAUAUCUUUUAAAGAACGCCGUGGCUUACAUUGCUGACGUUGAUUUGAAUAACGACAGUAAGAUGUCAUUCAGAGAAUACGAGCUUUCACAUUUCCCUGCUGGGACUCCUGGCAUGCCAACGAACUUCAGGAAUACAACAAGAUAUAUGCAUGGUAAAAGAAGAUUUGAAUACGCAGAUUUGAAUAAAGAUGGACAUUUAAGCAUACAUGAAUUUCUCUACUUUCUUAAUCCUGAAGAAGGGAAACAUAUGAGAAAAUGCCUCGUACUUGAAACAAUUGAAAAUAUGGAUCUGGAUGGAGAUGGAGCCCUUAACAUUAAAGAUUAUAUAGGUGAAGGGAUAUUAGAUAUGGAAUCUGGUGAUCAAUUUGUGGCUAAAGUUAAAGAAUUCAAAAGUUAUGAUAAAAACGUGGAUGGACUGUUAGUAGAGGACGAGGUAAAAGAUUGGAUGUUUCCACCAGAUCAUUCGACGUCAAAACACGAAGUGGAUCAUAUUAUGAGUCAUGGAGAUAAAAACAAGGAUGGUAAAAUGUCGUUAGAAGAAUUUUCCUCGAUUCCAGAGCAUCUUGAGCAAACCAGGGCAACGGGAUACGGAGAAAUGCUCCAGGAAAAUAGAGAGGAACUCUAGUAAUUAUUUUAUCUCCAUAUCAUUUUAUUUAUUUUACCUAACAACAAGUAUAACUGCGUCUAUUUGAAUUACAAGAGAAAUAAUGAAGAUAAUAAACUUCAAUCUUUCAUUUACUUUUCGAUCCAAAGAACUAAUUUAGGAAAAAGAAAACCAUUUUAACUCUUCAGGGUAUACAUACGACAAUAGAAAUUAUCUAUCUCUGUCUGUUUUAAAACAACGUCGUGAUUAUUUUUCAAAAUUCGUUUACGGAUUUUUGUUAACUUUAUCACCUACCUCUCAAGAUAUUUUCGAAUAAAAUUAUUCGCUAUCCGCCAUUUUGGAUAAGCAUAUUCUAGUUAUAUGCAUGACGUCAUAACCUGGGUGAAAUUCGCUUUGUAACAACAAAUGAAUGAUCUAGCGAAGUGAUGAUAGAACACAGAACACAUGUGAGGAAAAAUAAAUUGAGAUAAAAUUGAGCACGAAUGACAAAAUAUCUUAAUUUGGUCUCCGCAGUCUAAGAAUAUGUGUAGUGCAUCAUGCAGGCUUUGCCGCGUAUAAUAUUAUAUGCCAACGUAUUCAACGUUUUUAUUCAUAAAUAUUAAUUUGGCUUUUUCAAUACACCCUGUAAAUAUGAUUAAUAUAAUACCCACAAACGUUUGCUUUCAAAUGCAGUAAACUCUUCCGAAAAACAUAACAUUUCUACAUGCUCAAUUAAAAAAAAAACAUUAACGAAUUGCUAAAAGAUGUUUUAGCGAUAAAAAUAUGCAUAUUAAACGGGACAUUCUGUGAAAUAUAUUCAGCCUAAAUAGAGAAAACGAUUAGAUAUCUCAUGUUAGAAAAUAUUUCUUUGACAAUAUUGUUAGAAAUAUUCACACUGGGACAAGAAAAAUGAGAAAAUAAGAAGAGAUGAAAAAUUCAAUUUUGAUAUUUUAAGCUCAAUUUCUACCUGUGGAUAUAUUAUUAUCUAUGUUUCAGUUUACAAUUUCUCCUGCAGCGAGAUUGUCAAAAAAAUUAUUACCCAAUUAAGAUGAGAUGAUUGGAAAUGAUAAAAAUUUAGAGUAUCUAGCCUGUAAACAAUUUUCUAUCGGAGGUAUUCUUGCAAAAUAAAAAAAUUCAAAAGAAGUGACCAGAUCGGAACUAUAAUAUACUAGCUAAAAAUUUUUGAAUUAGAAGUAAGUAAGUAAGUAAAAUCUUUAUUUCAAGAGGGUAAAAUACACAUAAUAGCUAACAAGCUAAUAAACUUGCGGCCCUCAAAUUUAGCGACUACAAAAAAAUUCCAGUUUCCAGAUUUUCUUCUGUGUGCUUUUUUCCAUAACCUAGCCAGUCGCCAGAUUGUGUCAGUGAUAAUAUUUUGAAAAAGAAAAUUCGCGAAAAUAAUAUUUUCAUUCGGUGAGAGACGCUUAGCCUCCUUCAAUGAACAUUCCCUCUUUCUUUA